GCCAUUCAAAGGCUGCGAUUGACAUCAGACAAGUCGUCGCUCGGCUUCUGACCGGUGAACGGGAAAUCACGCCUGGAUCUCGGGGAAACCUCUAUGCAAGACAAACAUAAAGAUUGGAGUCAUGUCGCAAUUCGAUCUUCCUUCAAUUGUCAGGAUGCUCUUCAUUUGAUGGGCACAGAGGGGGCGCCGACUGAGUACAGCUCCUCUUCGUGUCUGUUAACUGGCUGAAAUCAUGUUCCCAGAUAUUUUCAUUUUGUGUGUUAUAUUACUCAGCACCAUGCCCGUCGCGUCACCUUUGGAGCUGCAACUUGGCAUGCCAAAUGUUUGUGCAGACCAGGAGAUGUCCAUGCUGGGGGCCCGUCAGCCUUGUGUCCAGACUUUUACCCGCAUGGUCAAAGUGUGGAAACAGGGCUGCACCAACCACAGAUGGUGUAUGGGAUACGAGAGGAGGACAGCAUACUAUACAGCAUACAGGCAGAGGUACAGCGUGGACCUAAACACAGUCUACAAGUGCUGCCCAGGUUGGACUCAGAGAAGUGAAGAGAUGGGCUGUCUGCAUAGGGCGUGUGGUGCCAAUACAUGCUUCAACGGAGGCCGGUGUUCAGAGACUGGGGACCAGAUAUGUCAGUGUCCACUGGGCUUCAAAGGGACACGAUGCCAGUAUGAUGUCAACGAAUGUGACGCGGGUGCAGGCGGCUGUGAGGGCUACUGUUGCAACACCAUUGGCAGCUACUACUGCAAGUGCUCUGAAGGCAGGAGACUGGGGCCAGAUGGCAGGACAUGUCACGAUGUAAAUGAGUGUGAGGAGCUCAAUGGAGGAUGCCAGCAAAUGUGUGUCAACACACCGGGCUCUCACCACUGUGAGUGCAGCGAAGGCUUCCGCAUGCACGCCGACGGUCGGACCUGCAUCGCUGUGACUUCUUGCUCAGUCUUGAACGGUGGAUGUGAGCACAAGUGUGUGGACAUGGGGAACAAUCAUUACAAGUGUGAAUGUCGGAAGAACUACCAGCUGAAGAGAGAUGGGAGACACUGUGAAUUGAGGGACCCCUGUGACGAGAGGAAUGGAGGCUGCGCCCAGCUGUGUCUUUCUGAAGAUGGCGUGGUUCAGUGCAGCUGCCGACCCGGUUUUACUCUGGCUGGAGAUGCCAAGAACUGUGAAGACAUUGACGAGUGCAGUUCGGGCCGUGCCAAGUGUUCCCAUGGAUGCGUCAACGUGCUGGGCUCUUUCAGCUGUGUGUGUCACCCCGGUUUUGAACUUGGUGCGGAUGGAAAACAGUGCUACCGAAUUGAGAUGGAGAUCGUCAACAGCUGUGAGAAGAACAAUGGAGGUUGCUCUCAUCAUUGUGAGCACACCACCAACGGACCCCUGUGCUCCUGCAACCGCGGCUACCAGCUGGGCCCAGACAGGAGGACCUGUGUGGAUAGCGACGAGUGCGGCAGCGGCGAGUCCUGCUGUAGUCACUUCUGCAGAAACUACCCGGGUGGCUACGAGUGCAGCUGCAGGGCCGGCCACAGGCUGAACCCGGACGGCUGCGGCUGUGACGACAUCGAUGAGUGCCUGGCAGAGACUUCAGGCUGUGAACACUACUGUGUCAACACCCUGGGAACAUAUGAGUGUUUCUGUCGACUGGGCUUCCGCUUGGAUCAGGACCAGCACUCCUGCAUCUCAUUGUAUGGCAGAGACGUGGAAGAAGACGAAGAGGAGGAGGAGGAGGACGAGGACGAGGAGGAAGACGAGGAGGAGCAGCUGGAAGUUCACAGAUUGCCAGAUCUGCUGUUCCGCAACGCUCCUCAGCUCCUGCAGUACACCGCAGCCUUGCACUCCCGUUAUGAGAUUGAUGAUGAUGAUGAUGAUGAUGAUGAUGACAAUGGUGAAAAUGAAAAAGAAUCAGAGAUGCAGAGAGACCGCAGGGGAGAACUUAGGCUGGACAGCCACAUAGUUUGUCUAGAUGGCUCGUUCGGGGAAGACUGCAGGGCGAGCUGUGAAGACUGUGUGAACGGAGUGUGUGGUGAAAACAGAGACCGGUGUCAGUGUUCACCCGGAUGGACCGGAAUCAUCUGCAACAAGACUUGUCCACAGGGGACAUAUGGGCAGGCCUGUAACAGCCUGUGCCGUUGCCAGAAUGGAGGCUCGUGUGACCCUGUGACUGGGACGUGUUUGUGCCCCCCGGGGGUCCAGGGCCUGCUCUGCGAGGAAGGUUGUCCUAGAGGUUAUUUUGGGAGACACUGUAGAAGAAAGUGUACCUGCCCCAACAAUGGACACUGCCAUCAUCUGUUUGGAGCCUGCCUCUGUUCUCCGGGGCUGUAUGGUCGCUUUUGCCACCUGUCUUGUCCCAGGUGGACGCACGGUGCAGGCUGUUCCAAGGAAUGCGACUGUGUUCAAGAACAUUCUUCUGGCUGUGACCCCAAAACGGGGAGCUGUUUCUGCAGAGCUGCAUACCACGGCCCACAGUGUGAGAAUGAAUGUGAUGCCGGCUUCUUCGGUGCGGGCUGCGAGCAGCCAUGUGACUGUCCAGGUGGGGGAUCGUGUGACCCCAGGACCGGAGAGUGCAGCCAGCGGUGUCCUGCAGGACUCCACGGAGAUAGAUGUCAGCACGCCUGCAAAGCUGGGAGCUAUGGACCGAACUGUCAUCGGACCUGUGACUGUGGAGGAGCGUCUUGUGAUCCCACAACCGGACAGUGCAUCUGUGCCCCUGGGAAGACGGGACACUCCUGUCAGGAAGACUGCCCUGAUGGAUUCUGGGGGUUGAAGUGCCGGUCCCCCUGCCCUCCCUGUCACAACAGAGGCUCCUGCAACAAGCAGACUGGAGGCUGCGACUGCGAGGCAGGCUUCACAGGAAACCUCUGCCAGAAUAAGUGUCCUCCAGGGCACCAUGGACCAGGCUGCCUCAUGCACUGCUCAUGCCAACCCGAUGCCACCUGUGACCCACAGACCGGACAGUGUGUCUGCCCUCCGGGCCAAACAGGCCACGACUGUGCAACGUCCUGUGAAUCUGGUUACUGGGGCCGAGGGUGCGUCACUAAAUGCCAGUGCCGGGACGACUCUCUGGGCUGUGACCCCGUCAGCGGUCAGUGUGUGUGCGAGACAGGCUUCACCGGAGACCACUGUGAAAAGAGGUGCGUGAAUGGAAGCUACGGGCAGGGCUGUAUCCAGCAGUGCCAGUGUCAAAACGGAGCCCACUGUGACCAUGUGAGUGGAGCCUGUACCUGUUCACCUGGAUACGCCGGCACUUCUUGUGAAAAAAUGUGCCCGGACGGCUUUUACGGUCUUGACUGUGGCCAGAUGUGCGAGUGCAGGAACGGUGCCCGCUGCCACCACAUCACAGGAGCCUGCCUAUGCACCGCCGGCUGGGCAGGACCACACUGCAUUCUGGAAUGCCCGGAGGGUCACUUUGGAGAGCGGUGCGGUCAGACCUGUGAGUGUCAGAAGAACGGGGCCAGGUGUGACCACGUCACCGGGCGAUGCAGCUGUACGCCCGGGUGGACCGGCGUGAGCUGUCAACUGCCCUGUCCUGCGGGACAAUACGGGGAACACUGUUCUGGCCAGUGUCUGUGUCAGAACGGGGGCUCGUGUGACGGCGUGACGGGCCAGUGCUCCUGCCCACCCGGCUGGACUGGUGACGCUUGUGAGUUAGAGUGUGAGGAAGGACGCUUCGGAGCGAACUGCAUCCAGGCCUGCGGCUGCACAAACGGAGGGAGAUGUGACAAGGUGACGGGCGGAUGUGUGUGUCCGCCUGGUUGGACAGGAGAGCUGUGUCAGUCAGCCUGUUCCGAGGGAUUCUUUGGCGAGGGCUGCGAGCGGAGGUGCGACUGUGUCCAUGGUCCGAGUUGCCACCAUGUGACGGGCCGCUGUGAGUGCGAGCCAGGCUGGAGAGGAGCCCGGUGUGACAGACCCUGCCUCCCGGGGUCCCACGGUGCCUCCUGUGCCCAGCGGUGUCGGUGCCCGGCUGGGGUGUCCUGUCACCAUGAGACGGGGAGCUGUGGCUGCCCCGCUGGACUCACGGGCCCGGGCUGUGAGAAACCCUGUCCUGCCGGCAUGUUCGGGGAGAAGUGCAGCCAGCUGUGCCAAUGUUCAGGGGAUCAGGAGCAGUGCCAUCCUGUGACGGGGACGUGUAGCUGCCUACCUGGUUACCACGGCGCACACUGUGAGCUGCGAUGUCGAGCGGGAACUUUUGGGCCAAACUGCAAGUCCAGAUGCAGCUGCAUCAACGGUGGUCGCUGUGACUCCAGGACCGGGACGUGCUACUGCCCCCCGGGCUUCAUCGGAGCUGACUGCAGUUCCAGUUGUCUGAGUGGGUACUAUGGGAAGGACUGUGGUAAGCCGUGCUCCUGUGGGGAAGGAGGGCAGUGCCACCCGACCACUGGGAGGUGUAUCUGUGCCCCUGGCAGGAUGGGACAGUCCUGCGAGCAAGCGUGUCCUAGAGGGCGCCAUGGCCCACAGUGCAGAAACACAUGCAGCUGUCACAACGGGGGUCUGUGUGACCCUGUGGACGGGUCCUGCAAGUGUGGCCUGGGCUGGACGGGACCACGCUGUGACACAGGCUGUUCACAGGGAAAAUAUGGGCUUGAUUGUGCGCACGAUUGUCCAUGUGUCAACAGCGGGACGUGCGACCGUUUCACUGGCACCUGCGGCUGCACUGCUGGGUUCUACGGCCACUCCUGUCAACACAGAUGCACUUCGGGGUUUUUCGGAAUGAAUUGUGCCCAAACCUGCGACUGUAAAGUGGGUCGGACAUGUGACCACGUAACAGGCCACUGUGCGUGUCCACCAGGCUACGAUGGGUCGCAAUGCCAAAGACGGUGUGAGGCCGGCAGCUUUGGACCGGGCUGUGCAGAGUCAUGUAACUGUGCUGGUGAGGCCCCGUGCGCCCCGGCGACAGGACGGUGCCUCUGUCCCCCGGGACGGACGGGAGAGCGAUGUGAGAAAGACUGCGGUGGGGAUCGGUUUGGCCCCGACUGCUCCCUGCCGUGCCAGUGCUCCCACAGGGCCCGCUGUGAUGGGCUGACUGGACGAUGUCUGUGUCCGCUCACCUGGCUGGGCCCCACGUGUAGUGAAGCCCUGCUACACCAAACCCCGGGACCGUUGAACUUCUCGGUGUCCCAAAGAAAGAGAAGAGCGGGCAGCAAAAUCACAUAACACAAGCGGAGGCGCAGACUCCCGACCGGACACUCAAACACAGGGCUUGGCUGUGUGAAGCGUUUACCACGAUCGCCUUGUGGAACUGGUGGUCGCACUAAUCCUACUCACCCUGCACCGUCCUCGUCGCUGAGCCCGGAGCUCCAGCUAAUCAGCCAGUGGGCCUGACGUGUGGCUGACCCUCAGAGGACCAAGAACUUUGAACCUACCCCAGACUGUGUCAGAUUUAAAGUCCAGGGUUACACAGACUCCUUUGCAGUACACAAAAAAUACCUGCACCACAUCUGCUACAAUUGCUGAUCUGAAGCGGCGACAUUUUUUCUUCUUCUUCCAGUUUAAUGAGUUGUUAAGGGGUUCGGUUUCUUUCUUUGGGGCAUUUGGACAGGACACGUGACGGAUUCGGAGACUUUUCCUGUAACCGGAGAGCCUUUACAUCCCCUACCAACGCAGCCCAUAAAAGAAAACUCGAUGGUUAGUAUAAGAGAAUGCCGAGCAUAUUUCUGGUGAAGAUUAACGGCAUCUAAAACAGAUUUAGAAAUAUAUGGGUCAUGUAUAUACUUAUUGUGAAGAAUAAAACACCAGGAUCCACACAUACAGGGAGCUGCAGGCACGCGGGCUACAAACUGUGGUUCAAUAGAGGAACCAUAAAAAGUUCAAGCAGAGGAUUUGGGUUCAUGCUAAAAAAAAAUAGCCUCCAUACAUAUUUUAAGAUAUGUAAAAUAAAAAAUAAAUACAUUUAUUUUUGAUAUACUUUUCUCCUCGGCAAAGUUGAGGUUAAAUUACAUCUACUCCCUAAUUUGCUCUCAAAUUAGUUUUGAUGUCACAAAUUCCCGAUUGAAACUUUCCAUCCUAAAACGUUUGAGUCCUUAAGUUGCAUACAAAACUUGUAAAAUGCUGAUAUUUGCGUGUAUGUAUAUCCAGCACAUCAAACGAUUAUGAAGUUCACCUUCAUCAAAGUGACUCACAAAACACUGAAAUGUGUGUGUGUGUGUGUGUGUGUGUGUGUGUGUGUGUGUUGUGUGUGUAUGUUUCUUCCCCGUUUAUAGGAAAUAUUACGUUUGAUUUUCAAACGUUCUCUGUCAUUCACGUUCCAUGUCAAACCGCAUUGAUUUCCCAAAAUGAAAAGUUAUUCCUAACAGAUUCAUUCUCGCUAUUGAAAGGUGAACCACCCUCGUCUUGAAUUAUUAAAUUUUUCACACGCGUACCUAGUUAUUUUUUUUUAUCCUGAAUACGACGUGAACAUGCGUCAUUUACAAGCUUUAGGAACACACUUCAUUUGUUCGCGUUGAUCAUAUACUUUCUUAUUGCAGUGCAGUGGUCGUGAAAAAUACUGCAUGGAAUUGCACGUGUCUGCAGAAUCAGCAGCUGGUACACAGUAAGGAAGUCUAGUAGAAAAUGCUGGAAUGGAUACUAACACUUUUUCUGCACUAUUUGGACUUGUCAUCCAAAUUUAACCACAAGAUAAGAUUACAUGUCUUAUAUCACUACCGCGAUCACUCACCAUACAUGUGCAUUUAAUUCGAGGGUUCAACUUUUACAAAAACUUUAAGUGUAUUAUAUCUCAGGUCAUUUAUAAGACAUUUCCUGAUGGCGUGUCUAUGUCAGCGGUGCUACAUUGAUCCAUUUUGUUUGUCUAUUUGAUAGUCAGUUUUUACAGUAUCUUCUUGUUCCCUCCGUGAUAUGUCUCUUUACCAUCUGCGUUUGUGUUUUGACAACAGAGCCAUGAACCAAAUAAAUAAAUAAAUAAACAUUC